AUGGAGUUUUCCUUUCGAAAUAAUAAACAAAGGAUUGUGAACACAAAGAAUAUUUCUAUACUAUUAGUUGCCAUAACAUUAAUUCUCCUCACUGUUGUUCAUCUAAAUUAUCCAUUUCUGAAGUACUCUUCCAAGAAUCCUGCAGAACUUGAUGAAUCCUUGAAGAUUAAGGAUCAAGAUUAUGAAAAGUGUGACAUUUCUACGGGUGAAUGGGUUCCGAAUCCCGAGGCGCCGUACUACACGAAUAUGACUUGUUCGGAAAUCCAUGAGCACCAGAACUGCAUGAAAUAUGGAAGGCCAGAUAGAGAGUUCAUGAGAUGGAAGUGGAAACCAGAUGGAUGUGAUUUGCCUGUUUUCAAUCCUUAUCAAUUUCUGGAUAUUGUGAGGGGCAAAUCCAUGGCUUUUAUUGGAGACUCUGUGGGAAGGAACCAAUUGCAGUCCUUGAUAUGCCUCUUAUCCAGGGUUGAAAAUCCAAUCAACGUUUCACAUACUCAGGACGAACAUUUCAGAAGUUGGAACUACGUGAGUUACAACUUCACCCUCGCCAGCUAUUGGACACCCUUUUUGGUGAAAUCCAAAGAGGCAGACCCUGAUGGUCCCACUCAUACGGGCCUAUUCAAUCUCUACCUUGACGAGGUUGACGAGUCCUGGACUAACCAUAUAGAUGAACUCGACUAUAUUGUCCUCAAUGCGGGUACCUGGUUUUACCGGCCAUCCAUGUAUUAUGAAAAAAGGCGCCUCGUGGGCUGUCGCUUCUGCCAAUUUCCAAAUAUCACCGACUUUCCUAUGACUUAUGGUUCCCGGAAGGCAUUUAAAACAGCUUUUAAAGCUAUAAAUAGUUUAGAAAACUUCGAAGGGGUAGUAUUUUUAAGGACUUAUACACCAUCCCACUUUGAGAAUGGGUUGUGGAACCAAGGUGGGAAUUGUGUAAGACAGAGGCCAUUUAGAAGCAAUGAGACUAUUUUGGAAGGUGCAAAUUUGGAUCUUUAUAUGACUCAAAUUGAGGAAUUUAAGGUUGCAGAAAGAGAAGGGAAGAAGAAUGGGUCCAGAUUCAGAUUAAUUGAUGUGACACAGGCUAUGUUGUUGAGGCCAGAUGGGCACCCCACUGGGAAUCGAUUUUCCCUGGAAGAAGGAAAUCCACCUGUGGAUUUUCUCUCCCGCAAGCGACGCCCGUUGCGUGGCUGGCGUUUGGGUCUUCCACCACCUCCAGACGACGGCAAUGGAGGAGAAUACCCUCCUAUGGGUCAAGAAGGGGGGAAGCUGGGAAUCGACGUCUUCUUCAGCUGGGAAUCGAUUCUUCAGAUGAAGCGUCGUCUUCUUCAGUACCGAAUUCCGGAGCCAUUUCUCGUUCACGAAUUCCCACGUGUUGGGACGGUGGGAGAGUUAGUCGGAGUUGUCCGUUUAGAUUGCCCUUUCCUUUCUGAAAUUUCCCCCACAUACCAUGGAAAGAAUGAAUCAAUAAAUUUCGAGGAUCGAAAUGAAAAGUGCGACAUUUUUACUGGAGAAUGGAUUCCGAAUCUUGAGGCACCAUACUACACAAAUACGACGUGCACGGCAAUACAUGAGCACCAGAACUGCAUGAAAUAUGGAAGGCCGGAUGAAGAGUUCAUGAAAUGGAAAUGGAAGCCUGAUGGUUGUGAUUUGCCUGUUUUCGACCCGUAUGAGUUUCUUGAAAUUGUCAGGGGCAAGUCCAUGGCCUUUGUUGGAGAUUCUUUGGCAAGGAACCACAUGCAAUCCUUGAUCUGCCUCUUAUCCAGGGUGGAGCAUCCCAUCGAAGCACAUUUCAAUGGUUCGAAGUAUGUGAGUUACAAUUUCACAAUUGCCCGGUUUUGGUCACCCUUUCUCGUGAAGUUCAAAGAGGAAAACUCCGAUCUUUUCAAUCUCUACCUCAAUGAAUUUGAUGAAUCCUGGACAAACUAUAUAGAUAAAUUUGACUACAUUAUGCUCAGCGCCGGGCAUUGGUUUCGCCGGCCAGCCAUGUAUUACGAGAAUCACCAGCUCGUGGGGUGCAACUAUUGCAAAAUUCCGAAUGUCACCAACUUUUGGAUAACUUAUGGCUACGAGAGGGCGUUCAGAACAGCUUUUAAAGCUAUAAAUACAUUAGAAAACUACAAAGGGAUAACAUUUUUAAGAACUUUUACACCAUCCCACUUUGAAAAUGGGGAGUGGAAUACUGGUGGGAAUUGUAUAAGACAAAGACCAUUUAAAAGAAAUGAGAGUGCUUUGGAAGGUAUGAAUAUGGAUCUUUACAUGACUCAACUGAAGGAAUUUAGAGUUGCAAAAGUUGAAGGGAAGAAGAAGGGAUCGAGAUUUAGAUUGAUUGAUCCAACACGAGCUAUGCUAUUAAGGCCAGAUGGGCACCCCAGUAAAUAUUGGCAUUGGUUACCUGAGAAUGUGAAUGCAAACAAUGAUUGUGUACAUUGGUGCUUGCCUGGACCUAUUGAUUCUUGGAGCGAUUUCUUGUUUCAUCUGUUGAAGAUGGAGGGUAGGAGGGUAAAAGUUUCUCUUGCUUGA